GUUCGCGUUUAGCUCAUAGUUCAGAUCAGACCAUGGUUUAUAUUUCCAUGGAUCACACUUAAUAACAUCUAUGUUGCAUAUUACAUUGUUAUGUAUCGUGUACUGCAUUUAAAGUGAACAUUUUGAGUUGUUAGAUUUGUAACAAAUGGUGUAAUAGUCAUAAACCAUAAGUGUUUUUUUUAUCCAGCUUAGCUCCGUUUAUUUACCAGAGUGAGAGGCUAACUGCUAUUCAGAGCUAACAAACCUCUGUUUUUAGUAGUUAUACAAGUUUAAAUACAGGAUGGCGUCUUUCGGGUGGAAGAGGAAAGCUGGGGAGAAGGUGUCCAAAGCUGUGCUCCAACAGUUUGAAUCUGAGGCAGAGAAAACUGAAGAAGGAGCGAAGAGACAGAAGGAGGAUGUGGACUGGCUCCACGCGACCAAGAGGCGGAGGGAGGAGCUGCUGGAGGACUGCGCCACCAGGAGCCACAGGCUGAAGGAGGAGGGCGCCCUGCUCGCACAGCAGGAAAGGCAUUGGGAGGCCAUUAAGAAGUGGGACGAAGCAAUACAACUGACACCAGAAAACCCAUCAUUAUAUGAGAUGAAGUCACAGGUUUUAACCAUUCUCCAUGAAGUCUUCCCAGCUGUGAAGGCGGCUGAGAUGGCUGUGAAACUCCGCCCUCUUUGGUGGGAGGCUUGGCAAACUUUGGGUCGAGCCCAACUUAAUCUAGGAGAAGUAGAUCUGGCUGUCAGGUCCUUCCAGAUUGCAAUUCACCUUUGUCCUUCAGAAGUCUCCCUGUGGCAAGACGAUCUGCAGUGGGCAUGCAGACUACAAAAGCAGCAUUUAGCCACAAAGGAAAAGAGCCAAGAGGAGGAGGAGGCUAAAAGACAGAUUUUGAACGCGCCCGAGUUGGAGCAGGACUUUGAUUUUGAGUCAGAGGAAGUUGUGGCGGCCUGUGAAGCUGUAGCCCAGCGUCAGAGCCGUUAUGAGGAGCUGAAGAGGACAGCGCUGGUCGUCGACGCACAGGGAAAUAUGCAAAACGUGCUGGCAGGGGAGGGAGGGUCAGAAGGGAGUGCGUCGCUUUCAACGGAGCUAUUUGUAAAAGCGAGGGGAAUUUGAAUACCAUCAAAACAAGCACUGAAAAAAUGUAUUUUACUAAGAUAUGCAUAACUAUGACUAUCUCUGAAAUGAAUGAAUCUCAAACUUAUUCCUUAGGGGUAAUUUUGUUUCACUUUCUUAUCACGGGGGAAGUAUUAGCAUCAAAGGGCUGUAAAGAAAAGUUAAGAUAAAAUCACAAUGUUAAUAUAUAGAUUAGUGUGUUACUCAUAUCACUCACUUUAAAGUCAUUCUGUUAGCAGUGGUGCUGGGAACUGCGCUUUGUUGAGGAAUGAGUAAACCACCUUUAAGAAUAAGUAAAACACCAAAGGUUAAAAGUAAAAAACUGGAUAAAAAGUUGUAGUAAAGACGUCGCUCAUCCAAGUCGUUUCUUCAGUUCUGGUCAGAUAUUACUGGUGGAUACUGAGUUAUAUCUGUCUGAAAAGAGGAGCUAACGACAUGGAUCAGACCUGGACGACUGAGGGAUUACACAGAUAUCAUCUCAAGAAGUUAAAUAAUUUGACAUGAAUCUUCGAAACCUGAAUUUCAGAUCACACGAGAAGGACACGGUGAUAUUUCAACAUAGCAUCGCUUUUUGUCAAUCCGUUCUACUUUACUAUGUUCUGUUUAACUAUUUACCAGAUCCCCGAUGUUAAAUUGCCUUUGGAAGAAUAAAGGUACAGUGUUUUACGCUGUGGCCUGGAAAUUUUACCGACCACAAACAGACACAAACUCUCCAACAAUGUGCAUUAGUAUUUUUAACCAAACUCAAGAUUUCAGUCAUGUUUUCAGUAUUUUUGUCAAGAAAUAACCGCACAUAAAAAUACUUCUCUUUGAAUUAAGAUUACAAAAAAUUACACUCUACAAAAUGCUCUUUAUUUACUCACUUUAAUUAACCAUGUUGUGCUACAAUCUCAACUGGUUUACAAGUUUUUUGGUAAAUUAUUAUUAUAUAUAGGAAGGAUUAUGUCACAUUAGGUUGUAAAAAGUAAAGCCGGAACAACUGGCUCUAUUCACAUUACAUUAA